UAGAGAUGCGCACGCACGCAUCGUGCAUGCCCGGUUAGAAUAACGUAACGGGUAUAGCGGCUAUGUAGCCUUACAAAUGGACGAAAUGCAUGGAAAGAUUGAAACAUGGAAAAGAUUAAUACACUUAGAGAAAUUGCGAUAUGUAUUGGAGGAUAUUCAGAUGAACAUUCGUGCGCGACCUGACAACAAAUCGAACGAGAAUAUUUUGAAAUUACUGUUACCCUUGCAUCAUGUAGCAGACAAAUGUCGCACAGCGGACAAUCCAAACUGUGAAACUGGAAAGGAAAUAGCUGAAUUAACUAAACUGCUUUGCUCAUUAUUAACUAAUGUACCUGAUGGCAACAAGUUUGCUAAAAUUUUAUUUAAAAUUGUUCAUUGUUUGCUCUCUUUAAAUCUGUAUAAGGAUGCAGCAGAUGUCUGUUUUUAUCUGCAGCCUGGCAAGUUGUAUAAUCCUCAAGAUAAUACUAUGAACCUUUUGACAAAAGUAUUAUCUUUAUGGCAUAUUUCUGCAAAAAAUUUAUAUCUGACUUUUACCACUGAAUCUUUAAAUAUAGAAAACUACAAUAGUUUAAAAAGUUUCAUAAAAUAUGAAAUCAAAAUGACUCAAAUUGCAUAUAAAAAUUAUACAAAUCAAUUAAUUGACGCAAUAAGCAAACAUUUAGAUAAAAUAAUAUCAGUUGACAAAGAAAAUAAGUAUUUUGAUGACUUUUACAAAUAUAUAUUGGAAUAUUUAAAAAAAACGCAGUUGUAUUUGGAUAAAGAUGAAAAAUAUGUCAUAUAUUAUCAUAUACUGCGUAUCAUAUGUCAUGUAAUAUGUAGGACUAUCAACGUGACUAAUAUUGAAUGUACAGUGAAAAUAUUUAAUGAAUUUUUCAGUUAUUUCAAUACUGUUUUAGCAGAUGAUCAAGAAUGUUAUCAGUGUUUUCAACAAUUUCAAAGAUUUUGUACAACAUUUUUAGUACCAAUGGAGAAUCUUAUAUGUAACGGUGCCAAAAAUAUACAAGAUAUUGUUUCUUGUCAAUUAAACAUGAAAAAAUAUAGUGAAACAGAAUGUCUAAAAUGGAAUGCAUUGUUUAUUGGAGAAAUAGUUGAACCUAUGUUUAAAUAUUGGGAAAUAUGCAUAGAAACUGACAAACAUGUAAUAAAGCAAUUGCUUGAUACUGGCAUUUUAUUAGAAACAAUGAACUUAUUUUUACAUAUAGAUACAAAUAAAUUUUAUACUAAACAAGUAUCAGUUGAAUGCAAGUGGUGCUUAAAUAAAACAGUAUGUACAGUUAACAGGGAUUUAUAUAAUUCUAUAAUAAUGAAAUAUAAAUGUGCCAGUUUAUUAUGCAAAUAUCAUGUUAAAAAUAUGCCGAAAAAAAUGUGCAUUCUUGCUAGAGCAACCUUAGAGCAAAAUGUCAAAUGGAUUAUACAUGAAGUGGAAGAGAGCAAAUGUAAACGCUGGAUGUAUUUGUGGAAUAUUUCUCGUACUUUAAUUUAUAAUAUGAGCAGAUUAUCAGAGCAUGUUUAUGAAGAAACCACACGUUUAUAUUCCUUCUUAUGUCGUUCUAUUUUUCAAUUUCAAAAAAUUGAAUCAAAUGUCGAGGACCUUGAAAAUAUUAUUCCCUUGGCAUUAUACAACUUAAGUGCCUUGCAUAUAAAGAAUGGUAUGUAUAAAGAAGCCAUAACUGCAUCUGCAUUGAAUGCCUUAUUAACUUAUGAUCAAUCAAAUAAGAAAGCUUUUCAUAUAUGGACGAUUAUUAAAAAAAAUGUUUCUGAGAAAAUUGCGCAAUUAACUAUACUCGACUGCCUGAAAAAUGAUGAAGACAAGAUAAAGAAUGAAAUAGGCUUAUCAAUUGAUAUUUCCAAAUAUGAUCUUAUUAAGUUAUGCUCAUAUGAAGCGAAAAGUUUGUUGGAAAAGAGUAUUCCAUUUACCAAUGGUGUGUCGGCAGUUUUAGACAAAUUCAGAAAAUUAAAGCCAAGUAAUUGCCAAUACGCACAUGUGAUACAAUUAUUAGGAUAUUAUUUGUUAACUUUUGAACAUGAUAGUUCCAUUCUUACAUAUCAUGAACAAAUUAUAUCUGAUUUGAAGCAGGACAAGUCAAAUUCUGUGGCACUUUUAUGCUUGGAGGCCAACUUAAUUUUUUUUACAUUUGUGGAGGAAUUGCAUAUGAUGAAUAAGCAAACUCAAGUGGAAAUGGAAAAUACAAAAUUUGCUCUUUAUGCUCCCGAGCUACCAGAACUUGUCGAAACUAAAUCUCCAAAUAUAGUUCCUGCUUACACUAUGAUAAAUGUUAAAAAAGCUUCCAGCCUUAUGCUAAGUUUACAAGAAUGUUUAAAAAAAUGGAAGCAAUUGUUUAAAUAUAAUAUAAAAGAUAUUGUCAAGAAUUGGGAACCAACUCUCGUACUUCGCAUAUUAAUAACAGCUGGUGAAUAUUCUCGAUUACAUCGUUAUGAAGAAUGUGAAAUUGAAGCAUGGACGUUAGCAUAUAGAUUAGCAUCAGAAAUCGAUGAUUGUCAUGGGAUUAUUUAUGUCACAGCUCGUUGUAUUUCAUUGAGACAAAUUAAUUACAAUUGGAUUGAUGUUGCUAAGCAAUAUGCAAUAAAACACAAAAAUUCCGAGGAUAAAAAUAUAACUAAUACCAUUGCUAUGUUUUGGAUAAGCUUGGCAGAUCUCUAUUUUGAAUAUGAAGAGUAUGAUGAUGCUAAGAAGUUACUCUUUGAAGCUAGAAACCUACCAGGAAUUUCAUUUUUUGGUAAUACAUCUAUAUAUUUGCUAAGCUUAGAUGUUAUUAUACGCAAUAAUAGUUUGUAUAAUAUGCAACACGAGAAUUACGCUUCAUACAUCGUGGAUAGUCUGUUUACAUCCAGAUGCUUAAAUCAAGAUCUAUUGACGGAAAAAUGGACAAACCAGGCGGAUUAUCUUUUCAGUUACGAUGUGGUUUUCACUACGGCGAUUAAUUUAGCCAUGAGAAUAAAUAGUUUAUUAUCCUUUCGUGGAAUUAGCCCGGAUUUAGUGCGACAUUUAAAGUCAGCACAGAGCUUGGGCGCAGUACUUCGUGUUGCCGAAUUGUUGAAAUCACUGUGUUAUAUCGAUCUAUCGCGUUCACAAUUAGACGAUUGCGAAGUGAAACUGCAAGGUCUUGAGCACAUGUUGGGCCUCGAGACAGUUCAGUCGCCAAAAGUUAAACCCGUCGAACAAACGUCUGCUUAUCUCGCCGUGACUCCUACAAAGAUUGUGAAUGAUCCUAUCAGAGAUACACCUCAGCACAGCGCCUCGCCAAUACUCGGCAAAAGAGUUUUCAGCUUGCCAAAAUUUACGCUGCAUACAGAAUGUAAUUGCUACAUGUGCGACAAUGUAUCAUAUCAAUAUUUAGUUUUUGCCACCACCUAUAUCAGAGCACAACUAUAUGCCAUGCAAAAUCAAGUCGCAAUAGCUCUCGAUCACUUUUACGGUGCUUUUGAAAUAAGGCAGAGAUUGUUCAAAGAAGAGGAAUCGGUUUUGUUCGAAAACCGGCCUGAUAACAAAACCGGCGUGAAGCGAUUUUCUUGGCAAACACGAUUCUAUAUCAUCGAUUAUAUUCAUUUAUUGAUCGAUUUCUGUUAUUUUCUGAAAACAAAUGUACCAUCGAGGCAACAGAAUGCGUUUGAUAUCGCCAAUUUAGCGAUCGAUAUAUGUCACAAAUAUAAAUUAGAAGGACAUCCCGUCUACAUGUCGGCUAAAGAAUUAGCGUUGGAUAAUGAUUUUCAAUCGAUAAUGGAAUUUUUAGAUUGUUCAACGUUUACAGUCCCGCAACCACAUGACAUUGAUGUAACUAGAUACACAAAAGCUUCAACUGACUCGAACGUUUGUGUUACGCCAUCCGCUCAGAAUCAUCAACCCAAAAAACCUCUCUCGAUCCGACGUAAAAGAAGUCCAGUAGCUUUAAAUGUAGCUAAAAUUAAUAUAAUUUGGAGUGACGAUGAAGAUGACGAUAGCUUGUCACCACCAUUAAUUACGCGCUCAACUAGAAAAUUAAAGAUUACAGGUGCAAAAUUAACGACGAGAAAAAAUUUGGAAGAAGAUUUAUCCGAUGACGAUAAUUCAAAUAUAAAAGAUUCUACACCGAAAAAAACAAAAUCGGAAUAUGAUCUAAAUGGAGGAGAUAGUACACAGAAAAAAUCGACAAAAGAUAUUAUAAUUAAAAUAGUGCCUUUAGUUCCAGAUAUUUCAGAAACCUUGAUGGAUUUGAUAGACAAAUCAGAUGUACCUGCUACAAUGGAAAACAUUGAUGAAUUGAUAAAAAAAGUAGAAAGUCUCAAAAUUAACUCUAGAAAAACGCCAAGGAGAAUGAAUCUUGGAGAUAAAACAAAAUUAACAGUUGCUGAUCAUAAUAAAAAUGUAAAUCAAGCCCUUGAAUUACUGAAAGAUAUAGCUAUAAAUGAAAAGGCAGAUGAAAAUAUUGAUCCUCUAACACCAACAAAAAUCGAUAAACAGAUACAAGAUCAGAAGACUCCACAGUCUGAAAGAAAAUUUUUUAAAACUGGAAUAUUGAAAAAAUAUGAAAACGUAAAAUUAAAUAUAAAUAAUGAAACGCACAAUAUAAGAACAAGAUCCAGUCUUAGGAAAGCUAAAGAGAAACUAUGAUGGAGAUACUGUAAAAACUGUGUAUCUUUCAAAAUUUUGUAAAACACAAUGACUGUAUAUUUCAUAACAAAAAAUUGAAUCAUUAUUUUUAUACAAGGAAUAUAUCAAAGAUGUAAAAAUAUGAAAAAUUUAUUUAAGUUAGACGAUUAUAGAUUUCACAUGUAUUUAUUUCUA